AUGGACGCGGCGAAUCUGAAGCUCUCGGAGGGGCUCGUGUCGCCGUCGUACGUGCGACAGGGCGCGCAGUCGCUCGCGCAGCGGCACAACAUGGACCUGUCACUGAUGGACAGCAGCGGGUUCAAGGGGAAUGUGGGCAUGGGGGAGCGGGAGGCGCGGUGUGCAAGUGGGCUUGUAAGACGGAGGCACUACGGCAUGACUCAUGGCAUGGGGCGAUCAGGGAAUAUUACAGAUGAGCAGCCUAAGGCAGCGGGGUCAACACUGGCAUGCCGCCUCACCAAUCUACUUGUCAAGGAUGCUCUCUCACUCGCAGGCCUCAAAGACAUAUCAGCAGUGACGGUGUUGCCAGUGGCAACCGGCAUGGCCCUCACUCUCGCUCUCCUCGCUCUCAAAGCCAGCAGGCCCUCCGCACAGUACGUGCUAUGGUCGCGCAUCGACCAGAAGACAUGCCUCAAGUGCAUCGUCACUGCUGGCCUCACUCCCGUGGUGGUGCCCCUGCGUAAGGAGGGAGAUCAGCUGUGCACGGACCUUGCAGCCAUGGAAAGGGAAAUCGAUUCCCGAGGGGCCGAGAGCAUUCUCUGUGUCCUCUCCACCACCUCCUGCUUCGCCCCCAGGGCCCCUGACAGUGUUGAAUCCAUCGCUCGCCUCUGUGCUCGUUUCUCUGUCCCCCAUGUCAUCAACAACGCAUACGGCGUGCAGAGCGCUGCAAUCACUGCUGCCGUCACGCGCGCGUGGAGGAGGGGGCGGGUGGAUGCGGUGGUGCAGAGCACUGAUAAGAACUUUCUGGUUCCGGUUGGGGGGAGUGUUGUUGCUGCUGGUCCUGGCAAGUCAACGCUGGUCAACGCAGUCAACGCCUCGUACCCUGGCCGCGCGUCCAUAUCACCCAUCCUGGACGUCCUCAUCACCCUCCUCUCCCUGGGGGCGAGCGGCUGGCAGGCGCUGCUGCAGGAGCGAGAGCAGCUCAUGCCUUACCUGAGAGAGAAGAUGCGAGGGGUGGCUGAGAGGCAUGGAGAGUGGCUUCUGCAGUCACCAGACAACCCCAUUUCCCUGGCCAUCUCCCUCUCCUCCCUCGUCCCGGCUCACGCGCAUGCUGACGUGGCAUGCGCUGCUGCUGACUCAGCACCGCCAGCAGAGGCGUGGCACUGCAAGGAUUCGGAUCAUCUUGUGAUAGCUAUCAUGUGCCCUACCUCACAGCAGCUGCUGCAAUAG